AUGAAACUCUAUAAAAAUAAUAAAUUAAUGGCAAAUCGAAUAACAUAUUUUUACAAGUCGACUUUGGAUUCAAUCAGGGGUGCAUUUGCUUCACUGUUUGCAUUUUAUUUCCUAGUCAUUGACGAGCUUUAUCAAUGUGUGUCCCAGUAUUCAUCAUUAACUAUAACCAUCUCAUUUUUACCAGACAUAGACACCAAUAGAAAUGAUGAAGAGUUAAAUUUUUCAAACGAUACUAGUCGAAGCACUAUUUUAAAUGUUAAUACAAAUUGCUAUCAAGAGUCAAACGAAAAAGUAUCCCCAACAACACCCAAUACAAAUAUAGCACCGAUGCCAAACAAUAGUCCUCAGCAUUUAGAGAUAAAUGUCGAAGAAAUAUAA